UGACGACACAGCAAAAUCACGAGUGAAUGGUGAUGGGAUGGCCUCGCUGUUGCAAUGAGGGGACACUACGCACUCGAUUCGGCUCUCCGCUGUGCUUUGCGGAAACAGACCGCCUGUUUGCAGCUUAGAAACUUCACGCCCACGGUCCGAGUAAGCUCAGCACAUUGCUUUCUGCACCUCUAGCUUAUCGAUUGUCCCGUAUAAGUAAAGACGCGCACCCUCGGAUCACCUCUCACUGGAAACCACCUGCAUCGACAUCUCUCCUACACGACACUCGGCUUGCUUGUUAGAAUCCCUAAACAUGUCUCUUCCAGCCCACCCAGCAUUCGUCCACUUUCCCAUCACCACGACCCUCUUGACCGGUGGUCUGGAUGCUUUUUACUUCUUCUACAAGUAUCCAGCCACGUCUUCUACUGUGGCCUCCAUUUACAAGACUCUUGACAUCAAACUCGCCCCCCAGCUGUUUCCCUUCUUCAGCUACUACCUCACCAUCCUCACCAUUGCCUUCUCCGUCCCUGCCGUCAUGACCGGAGCCUCUCAAUUGAUGCCGCUGAUCAAGCGCGACGGCCUCAACUCCCGCAAGGCCAAGAUCGCCAUAGCCCAUGCUGCUAUCAACGACGUUACCGUUGUCGCUGCGGCCCUCAACUGGUGGACACGCCGAAGCCGCCCCAUGUUCGAGCCCACCAGCACAAACAUCCUCGCCAGCUGUGUGUUGGCGCUUCCGGCCACUCUUUUUGCUGCCCAUCUGGGUGGAAAGCUGGUCUACAACUACGGCAUGGGCUUUACCGGUGCUCAGGCCAAGGCGAAGAAGUCACAAUAGAAAUAAAAACAUAUUUUUAGGAAGCGACAAUGGAUGUUGGAAAUGGUUGAAGAGACGAGGCUCAGCAUGCUGAAUUGCUAGACACGUGCAGCUUGAGAAGCUGCUUUGAUGAACAGAUGAACAUAGGACUAGCAGUUGAGUAUACACCGAAAAUUACAUUAUAUGAGCAAAUACUACAGCUCAAAUUCCAAUACAUCAUACUGCCCACUUCCUUGUGCACAAC